GGUGUUGCCUUCAGGGCCUUUUCUUUGCUCGUACAUGUAAAUAGAAAAAACAAUCCAACAUUGUCGUAAAUAUGAAGAGGUCUUUAGAUCAACUGGUGGCUGCCGUUUCAUGUGAGACUUGAAACAAGUGUAUCUGAUAUUUUACUGGCUGUUUUGAUUGCUAACAACCAUGGUUAUAAAUAAUGCUAAAAGGGUAUCCUUUGUUCGCUUGGAAAGCUAUUUGUGUUCGUGACAGUCUCGUCUUAGCGAGUCACAUAGCUGGCAGAAAGUUCAUAAAUACGACCGUCAUUACGUUAUAUAUGUAUUAAGUAGACCUUAAGUACCGCUACGUGUUUAACGGAACAGUUACACAUUUCCCGACAACCCAUGAAGGCACCACUCGCUAUGAUUCGGACAUGGUAGCAUCACAGCAGCGUAUGAAUGGGUUCGUGGUAGGCCUCCUGCAAGCUUUGCUCCCCGGGGAGCGAGUUCAUAGUGUUUUUUAUAACUUAUUUGACUGCUAUCAGUAUCAAACACCCCUCUUUGUCCCAGGGCAGCCUCGAGCUUCAAAGCUAUACAAACAAUAGCUGCGCUCCAUCUCCUCGGCCAUGGCGGUAUGCUAACCGGUGGCAGAGAUUAGCUAGCAAGACGCUAGCAACUUUAGUCAAUGUUGUGAGCGUUGAGCUAACUGUAAAUGGGUAGGACGCGGAGGAAUCACCCCUUUAGACUAAGUAUAACACGCGUGUGUUUGGAGUAAAAACAUCUCAAAAUGGACCUAAAUUUCUACUCUGACUUGUCGGAUGGCUGUGCUCAAAAUGUUGAUCCGGAGUUUCUGGACACCCAAGCCUACGGUGGAUACGCCGAGGAGAACAAGUUCUCAGAAGGCAGCGACAGUUAUCUCACCAUCAGUGGAGGGGGCCACCCUUUCCUGUCGGCUGAGACGUUCCAUACGCCGAGUCUCGGGGAUGAGGUUUUCGAGAUCCCCCCCAUCUCCCUGGAUCCGGACCCGACUCUGAGCAUCAGUGAUGGCGUGUCACACUUUGAGUUGACAGAUGGGCCGGGCGGGCCCGGGGGUUCUUCGGGCUCCCGGAGCCUGGUCAGCAACCUGGUGGUGGAGGCCAAUGACCCGUCCUUUGCCUCCACCUUUGUGAACUCUGGGUCUCAGGGCCUGGAGCAGCUCAACCUUGGGGCGAUGGGCCAAGCUGGAGGGGGAGCCCUGCUGAGCUCCUCGGCUCUGGAACUGGGGAACUCCAGUGGUUCACAUUUCAGCAGUUCGUCCCCCAUGACCAUUGAUGUCCAGCUUGGCGACAUCAGUCACAGUCUUUUGGGAAGCGGCCAGUUGAGCACUAUUAACCCAUCUGAACUGGCACUUGGUCUUGGGGGUGAUAACAUUGGGCAUCCUUCGGAUACACUAGAGCAGCCGCUCUCGGCAACGCCAUCACCAGCCGGCUCCCUGCAGGAUGAGGACAUGGAUGACUUCAAGAGGAGUGUGCUGGUAGACGCCCCCAUGUAUCUAUCCUCGUCCCUUUCCCACAUGUCCUCCCACCCUGCUCCUACGUCUUCUGUGUCUCCGGCUAUAGCCAGGAGGGGCGGAGGCAAGCCGGCCUCUCUGGCCUUGGUGACUGCGGCACUGGGCACUAAGAAAGGGAGGAAGAAGAAAGACCCAAACGAACCACAGAAGCCCGUCUCAGCGUAUGCGUUGUUCUUCCGAGACACCCAGGCAGCCAUUAAGGGCCAGAACCCCAACGCCUCUUUUGGGGAAGUGUCAAAGAUUGUGGCCUCCAUGUGGGACAGUCUGGCUGAGGAACAGAAGCAGGUGUAUAAAAGAAAGACGGAAGCAGCCAAAAGGGAGUACAUGAAAGCCCUCGUAGCUUAUAGAGAGAACCAGCUUACACAGCCUGCCACUGAGGAGAUGGAGACCCCUUCACCACCACGACCUCCACCACCGGUGGUCAGUCUGGCACCUGGGGCCUUUUCCUUAGCUGGUCACCAGGCCAUCCGUCUGCCGACCAGCAACCUGGAGGAGAACACCAUCACCAACAUUUGUGCCUCCAACAUCAUCCUGGACGUCCCGGAGAUGACCACCCGUUCCCGCACGGGGGCAAACAAAGUCCCUUUUCCAGCAGCUGCGGUACCCCCGUCCCCGACCAUCACGAAGAUUAUAAUCCCAAAGCACAUGUUGCAGUUGGGGGGCCAGGUGGUGACUGUGUUGCACGGAGGUGUCCGUGCUUUGCAGCCCGCACUGGUGGUGUCGGGUGCCUCUCGUCAACCACCCCCGCUGCAGCAGAUGCAGAACGCUCCGCCUCCGCCGCGGCUCCAGCAAAUGGCGCCAGCGCCUCCGCCCUUGCAGGCCAAACCCCGCAAGGGAAGCUCCACGCUAGGUGUCCCCGUGUCCAUCACGGCUACACCUCCGCCUCCUCUCCAGAUAAAAAUAGUUCCCGCGUCCUUGCAGGGCAAAGAGGCUCUGCCGAUUAUCGUCCCCAAUACAAUGGCUUUGUCGUCCACCGCAACCACGGCUGCUAUGUCUGCACCUGUCGUGUCGCUACAGGUGAUGCAUUCUGCUGACACGUUGGGCAACACGGACGACGACGAAGUUACAGAAGUGCUGCAUCCAGAAGAGGAAGAGAUGACGGUGACUGUGUCCGGCGAUGCCAGGGCGUUGAGAAGCGUGUGCAUCAGGACGGGCUGCACCAACGCAGCCGUGGAGAGCAACGACUGGGACAGCGAAUACUGCAGCAACGAAUGUGUGGCCACUCACUGCAGCACUAUAUUCAAGGCCUGGUGCUUGAACAGGAAUCAGACCAUUGUUUUGGUAUGGCUGGUCGCAGUCAUUCCAGAUUUACAGCUGAAUUGGUCAUGGAGAUGCUACAUGAAGAACAAGAUGAGGAAGAUGCAGCAAAAGAGAAAGAGAUGCGUUGACAAAGUAGAAGUCAUGGCCUUUUAUUGGUUUGACCCUCCUUGCAGGGACACACGCUGGGAUGUGGCCCUGCAAGGAGCUGUUUCUGGAUCUACUGCAAAGUCCAAUGGACAAGCUCAUUGAGAAGAACCUGAAAAUUGUGGGGAACAAGCCGGACAUACGCCUGUCAUGAAGCCAUCCAAAUCGAGGGAGAAGCAUAGCUCCAUUCAGUGGCAACAUGACCGUGGUGAGCAAUGUGCCAAAAAAGGGAAAGUGCUGUCCUCCUGAGCACCAUGCAUGACAGAGCAGUGGAUGAAACAGUGUGAAGAAGAAACCAGAAGUGAUCCAGUACUAUAACCCAACUAUCAGAUGGUUCACACCUACACAUGCAAGCAGAGAACACGGAGGUGGCCCAUGUUGCUCUGGCACAAUGUGCUGGAUGUGGCCACCCUCAAUGCCUCCACCAACUGGUGUGAACCAAUGCACUGCGGAUAUUCAUCAAGGAGCUUGUCAUGCCACAUAUGAAGAGGCGCAUGGAGGGCACGCCCCACCUCCAAACCCCAUAUUAUACAGGCAAUAAGAAGAUGUGGGUUAAAAAAUAAACGCUGCCACCACCCAGCCACAUGAGGACAUCAGACAGGAGGGCCAAUGUUGUCUUGUGUAUGGUUGUGUGCCAA